CAAACAUUUUAUAUUUCGUUUAUUUAAUUGUUAAUUGAAAGUCAUACUAAAUUUAUUAUAUAUACAUUUAAGUACAAAUGUAAUAAUAUAUAUUAUAAAGCAAUAUUUGUGAUUGAUUGAUAAACAUAAAGAACAUACUCAAUGCACAAAUAUCUCAAAAUGUCAGAAGCUGCUAAUAAGCCAAUAAUUAAAAUUGAACCACAAGAAUAUCCAAUUAAACAGGAGAUUGAGGAAGACAUAAAACAGGAAAUUGAGGAAGACCCUGAAUCGUGUUCAGAGGAUGACAAAACAUGUUUAAAAAGAUUUAUGAACUCUAUAGUAAAAAUAGAAGAAGAAGUCAAAAAGGGAUUAAUUCAGACUGCUCCUUAUAAAUGUGACAAGUGUCAUAGAACAUUUAGAAAGUUGCAUUAUUUAGAACAGCAUAUGUUAAAUUAUUGUCAUAAGGAUCCAUAUUGUUCAAAGUCUUUUUCAGAUGCAAGUGCAUUAGAAAUACAUAUAAAAUCUCAUACAGGUGAAAAACAUUUCACAUGUACAAAGUGCAGUAAAGCAUUUACUGAAAAACAUCAUUUAGAUCAACACAUUUGUGCUCGUGCCAGAGAAAUUUCACAUUUGAAUGAAACUGGUAAUCGAAAACGAAAUAUUCGCACUCAUACUGCUAAGGGACCAGGUGAACGUCCCCAUAUUUGCAAAAUAUGUAAAAAGACAUUCACACAAUUGUCUGACCUGAAUAAACAUAUGCUCAUCCACACUGGUGAACGCCCCCAUAUUUGCAAAAUAUGUGAAAAGACAUUCACACAAUUGGCUUCCUUGAAUAGACAUAUGUCCAUCCACACUGGAGAACGCCCUUAUAUUUGCCAAAUUUGUGAUAAGGCAUUCUCACAAUCGAGUAACUUGAAUAAUCAUAUGCUCAUUCACACUGGUGAACGUCCUCAUAUUUGCCAAAUUUGUGAUAAGACAUUCACACAAUUGAGUAACUUGAAUAAACAUAUGUUAAUUCACACUGGGGUUCGUCCUAAUAAAUGUAAAACAUGUGGUAAGACAUUCACACUAUUGACUAACUUGAAUAAACAUAUGCUAAUUCACACUGGGGUACGUCCUAAUAAAUGCAAAAUAUGUGGUAAGACAUUUACAGAAUCAAGUAACUUGAAAAGACACAUGCUCAUCCACACUGGUGAACGUCCCCAUAUUUGCCAAAUAUGUGAUAAGACAUUUACAGAAGCAAGUAACUUGAAUAAACAUAUGCUCAUUCACACCAGAGAAUGCCCCUACAAAUGCAAAAUCUGCGAUAAAGCAUUCAAACAAUCAAAAUCCCUAAAAAGGCACAUGGUUGCUCAUACCAAUGAGUAA